AUGAUGGAGAGUUUCCCCCUGCUACCUGGGGGUGUUCAUUCUGGAUCAGCCAAUUACAGGGCUCCAAAAGAAAUUUCCCUUCAUACAGAAGAGGAGCUGUACAUUCAACAGGCUGUGGUCCUCAACGAAGAUGCUGUACAUUAUCGAUCUCUCAACCGUCACAUGAACCCAAGAUCAAUAGGACUUUACAGAUGGUACUACUCCAGGCUCUGUCAAUGGGGCCUGAAUGUGGUGAAAUGUGUCAUCCUGGCACUGGCUUUCAUUGAGAGGCCUUCCUCCCUGUCUGUGACUUCUGGCCUGCGUUCUAAACACACCCUCUGGGAACCCCCAUGUGGCCUCACCGAGGGCAUCGAGAUCAUCUGCCUUCUCAUACUCACGUUCCACCUCAUCGUUAAGGUAAUAUACACUCCAAAUCUACUUCUGAUUAAAGCGUCACAGUCAUCCAGUGGCUGCAUCCCCAGGGAGGCCUUCCAGAGACUGUUUGAUGAGCUGGACAAGGACAGGAUCAAACAGCAUCCUCCGUUGCCUGAGUACUCGUCUAAGUUCCUGCACAAGGUUCAGUAUAUCUUCAGUCAGCAUUAUGUCACUGUGGUGGGGAAUGCCGUGUCCCUGGCCAAUGUUGUCUGCAUCUGUGUGAUUAUAUUGUUGAUAGAGAUGCUUUAUAGAAUCUCUGAACGAGACAACUACUAUUUAGAGACAAUCAACUGUUUCUUCAUCCUUUACUACCUGCUGGAGAUGGUGCUGAAGGUGGUAGCAUUUGGCUGGACAGGAUAUAUGUCCUAUGGGAGUAACGUAUUUGAUGGAUCUCUCACAGUUCUUUCACUGGGCCUACAGAUAUCCAUAUUUGCUACUUACAGUCUAACAUUUUCCUAUUGGUAA